AUGGCCACCAUCGACGGCGUCGACCUUGACGACCUGCCGUACGUGCUCAAAGUGCCGUACAAUGGCACCGGAUCGACGGGCGGCGACGCCCUUACUGACAACCUCAACAUCUGGUACGAGACGGGCGACAUUGCAUGGAUGAUCACGGCGACGGCGCUGGUGCUGCUGAUGAUCCCGGGCGUCGGGUUUUUCUACUCGGGCCUCGCGCGCCGCAAGUCGGCGCUCUCGCUGAUCUGGCUGUCGGUCAUGGCCACGGCCGUCACGACAUUCCAGUGGUUCUUGUGGGGCUACUCGCUGACCUUUUCACACACGGCGGGGCCCUUUAUCGGCGACCUGGCCAACAUUGGCUUCAAGGACGUGCUGGCGCGGCCGUCCGUCGGCUCGCCGCGGAUCCCGGACCUCAUGUUUGCCGUCUACCAGGGCAUGUUCUCGGCCAUCACCGUGGCCCUCGCCACGGGCGCGGUCGCCGAGCGCGGCCGCAUGCUGCCGUGCGUCCUCUUUAUGUUUAUCUGGGCCACGGUGAUCUACGACCCGAUUGCCUGCUGGACGUGGAACCCGUCGGGCUGGACGAGCCGGCUGGGCGGCCUGGACUUUGCGGGCGGCACGCCCGUGCACAUUGCCAGCGGCACGGCGGCGCUGGCGUACUCGAUGAUGCUGGGCAAGCGCCGCGGCCACGGCACGCACGAGCUCAACUACCGGCCGCACAACGUGACGCACAUCGUCAUCGGCACCGUCUUCUUGUGGGUCGGCUGGUUCGGCUUCAACGCGGGCUCGGCGCUCUCGGCCAACCUGCGCGCCGUCAUGGCCGCCGUGGUCACCAACCUGGCCGCCUGCGUCGGCGGCAUCACCUGGUGCGUCCUCGACUACCGGCUGGAGCGCAAGUGGUCGACCGUCGGCUUCUGCUCGGGCGUCGUGGCGGGCCUCGUGGCCAUUACGCCCGGCUCGGGCUAUGUGCCGGCCUGGGCGGCCAUCCCGUACGGCAUCCUGGGCGCCGCGUUUGCCAACUACGCCACCAAGCUCAAGUUCUUGCUGCGCAUCGACGACGCCCUCGACAUUUUUGCCGUCCACGCCAUUGGCGGCCUCGUCGGCAACGUCUGCACCGGCUUCUUUGCCGCCGACUACAUUGCCCACCUCGACGGCGUCCAGGUCAUCGCGGGCGGCUGGGUCAACCACCACUGGGCGCAGCUCGGCAUCCAGCUCGCCGACAGCUUCUCGGGCGGCGCCUACUCGUUUGUCGGCACCUCCCUCAUCUUGUUCGUCAUGAACAUGAUCCCGGGCCUCCGCCUGCGCGCCAGCGAGGAAGCCGAGAUCCUGGGCAUCGACGACUCGGAGAUUGGCGAGUUUGCCUAUGACUAUGUCGAGCUGACCCGCGAGGUGCUCAACGAAAUUGACGGCAACAACGACAACGGCUCGCUGUAUUCGCUCGACGGCCACGGCCACGGCCGCCAUUCGGCCAUGGGCGGCGCCGGCCAUGGCGUCGGCGUCCACGGCGGCCCUGGCGGCGCUGUCCACGCGCACUCGGGCGGCAUGCACGGCAUCGGCAUGGCCAUGGCCCUUGGCGCCCACGAGAAGCUGAGCAGCAGCAGCAACAACGGCACCGUGUCCACGGGCGGCAGCGGCGUCACCGCCACGACCACGUCUGGGAACAACAUCCCGCUCCAGAACGUGCGCAUGUUUGGCGGUCCGGGCGGCAAUCAUACCCAAUGA